AUGAGUUCUAUCGACAGAGCACCAGUGAAUGACUUUAUCGCUCAGCCAAUGGCAGAGGUUUGGGGUGCUUUAUAAAAGUGCUGGCACAGAAAGAGGCUGGGGAGACCCAUAGACACAUAGAGAGGAGGAGACAGACAGACAAAGACACAGUGGAAAGAGGCAGAGCCAGGGCAGGCACGAGGCAAAGACAGACAGAGUCUAGCACAGAGGGGGCGGCUAGUGGCGCUCCAGAAGAGACAGGGAGAGACAAAGAUCCAGGAAAGAAGGGGUGGGAAGAGAGUUUAGAGGCUCAGACCACCAGGCACUGCUCCUAAGUCUAAGGCCAAGUUUUCUCCCUCUUCUCCGAAGAUUCCAGCCCCUCUGCACACUGCUUCUGACCCUGGCAGGAAUCUGAACCCCUGGACCACAAAGAGGAGUUUUCCAAAGCUGGGUUGCUGGUGGGGGCUGGGUGCCCAGACGGCCUCAGUGCCUCCGGGAGGCAGCACGAGGGCCAUGCAUCCCAGGAGGGCCAGGGUAGGGUGCCGGCCACAGGGAAUCUACCUCCACCAGUUCUUCCCUACAGUGCCUCUCCCAGUUUCCCCUUGGCUGCUCCUGCUGCCGCUAGCUUCCCUUCUGCCCUCUGCCGGGCUGGCCAACCCCCUGCCUGGGGAAGAGGAGAUCGUGUUUCCAGAGAGGCUCAACGGCAGCGUCCUGCCAGGUUGGAGGUCCCCUGCCAGGCUGCUGUACCGCCUCCCGGCCUUUGGGGAGAUGCUGCUUCUAGAGCUGGAGCAGGACCCUGGUGUUCAGGUCGAGGGGCUGACGGUGCAGUACCUGGGUCGUUCACCCGAGCUGCUGGGCGGGGCCGAGCCAGGCACCUACUUCACCGGCACCAUCAACGGAGAUCCUGAAUCAGUGGCUUCUCUGCACUGGGAUGCAGGUGCCCUGUUAGGGGUGCUGCAGUAUCGAGGGGCUGAACUGCACCUCCAGCCCCUGGAGGGAGGUACCCCUAACUCGGCUGGAGGUCCUGGGGCUCACAUCCUGCGCCGGAAGAGUCCUGCCAGAGACCAGGGUCCCAUGUGCAACGUCAAGGCGCCUCCUGGAAGCCCCAGCCCCAGCCCGCGAAGAGCCAAGCGCUUUGCCUCACUGAGCAGGUUUGUGGAGACUUUGGUGGUGGCAGAUGACAAGAUGGCGGCAUUUCAUGGUGCAGGUCUAAAGCGCUAUCUGCUGACAGUCAUGGCGGCAGCAGCCAAGGCCUUCAAGCACCCAAGCAUUCGAAACCCUGUCAAUUUGGUGGUGACUCGGCUGGUGAUUCUGGGGCCUGGAGAAGAGGGGCCCCAAGUGGGCCCCAGUGCCGCCCAGACCCUACGCAGCUUCUGUGCCUGGCAACGGGGACUCAACCACCCUGAGGACUCGGACCCUGAGCACUUUGACACUGCCAUCCUGUUCACCCGUCAGGACCUGUGUGGAGUCUCCACUUGUGACACGCUGGGCAUGGCUGAUGUGGGUACUGUGUGUGACCCCGCUAGGAGUUGUGCUAUUGUGGAAGAUGACGGGCUCCAGUCGGCCUUCACUGCUGCUCAUGAACUAGGCCAUGUCUUCAACAUGCUCCAUGACAACUCAAAGCCAUGUGCCAGUCUGAAUGGGCCUGGGAGCACCUCCCACCAUGUCAUGGCUCCUGUGAUGGCUCAUGUGGACCCCGAGGAACCCUGGUCCCCGUGCAGCGCUCGCUUUGUCACUGAUUUCCUGGACAACGGCUAUGGACACUGUCUCUUAGACAAGCCAGAGGCGCCUCUUCAUCUGCCUGUGACUUUCCCUGGCAAGGACUAUGAUGCUGACCGCCAGUGCCAACUGACCUUCGGGCCUGACUCACGCCAUUGUCCACAGUUGCCACCGCCCUGUGCUGCCCUCUGGUGCUCUGGCCACCUCAACGGUCAUGCCAUGUGCCAGACCAAGCACUCUCCUUGGGCUGAUGGCACCCCCUGCGGGCCCACACAGGCCUGCAUGGGUGGCCGCUGCCUCCAUGUGGACCAGCUCCAGGACUUCAAUAUCCCACAGGCUGGGGGCUGGGGUCCCUGGGGGUCUUGGGGUGACUGCUCCCGGAGCUGUGGGAGUGGUGUCCAGUUUUCCUCCCGGGACUGCACAAGGCCCAUCCCCCGGAAUGGUGGCAAGUACUGUGAGGGCCGCCGCACCCGCUUCCGUUCCUGCAAUACUCAGGACUGCCCAACAGGCUCAGCCUUGACCUUUCGUGAAGAACAGUGUGCUGCCUACAACCAUCGUACUGAUCUCUUCAAGAGCUUUCCAGGGCCCAUGGACUGGGUCCCUCGCUACUCGGGCGUGGCUCCCCGGGACCAGUGCAAACUCACCUGUCAGGCGCGGGCACUAGGCUAUUACUAUGUGCUGGAGCCACGGGUGGUAGAUGGGACUCCCUGUUCACCGGACAGCUCCUCCGUCUGUGUUCAAGGCCGCUGCAUCCAUGCUGGCUGUGACCGCGUCAUCGGUUCCAAAAAGAAGUUUGACAAGUGCAUGGUGUGCGGUGGGGAUGGUUCUGGUUGCAGCAAACAAACUGGCUCCUUCAGAAAAUUCAGGUACGGCUACAAUGAUGUGGUCACUUUCCCUGCGGGAGCCACCCACAUGCUUGUCCGGCACCAGGGGCCCCCUGGUCACCGGAGCGUCUACCUGGCCCUGAAGCUCCCAGAUGGCUCCUAUGCCCUCAAUGGUGAAUACACAUUGAUGCCUUCCCCCACUGAUGUGCUGCUGCCUGGGGGUGUCAGCCUGCACUACAGUGGGGCUACUGCAGCCUCUGAGAUGCUGUCAGGUCAUGGGCCCCUGACCCAGCCCUUGACCCUGCAGGUCCUAGUAGCCGGUGACACCCAGAAGGCACGCCUCCGGUACAGCUUUUUUGUGCCCCGGCCAACCCCCUCACCAGUGGCACGGUCCACUCCCCAAGACUGGUUACAGCGCAAGGCACAGAUUCUAGAGGUCCUUCGGCGCCGCCGGCCUUGGGCAGGCAGGAAAUGACCUCACCAUCCCGGCUGCCCUUUCUGGGCACCGGGCCUUGGACUUGGCUGGGAGAGAGAAGGGGCUCCUGCAGCCGCCUCCACCAGAAACAGGGGGCAGAGGCCCUCUUGUGCUCCCUCUGUGCAGGCUGGCCCUGCCCUGGAUUCCUGCCCUGGGUGGCAGUGAUAGAUGGUGGAUGAAGAUAGGAGACAGGCCCUGUGCUAACUUGCCCCCUCUGCCCUGCUGGCCAUAGGAGGGAGGGGAAGGCAGGGUGGGUCCUCUUAUAUUUAUUUCAUAUUUAUUCACUUUCAUUUAGCAUCAGGGAAGAGGAUGAGGGCAGAGGUCCUGGGGAAACUGACCCCCCAGCUCCUCAGAGCCCUCACCUAACUGGGAACUGGUGGUAGGUGUGUAUGUGUGCGUGCGUGUGUGUUUGACAUCCUGCCCUGCUCACCUCUCCUUGAAUCUUAUAUUCUGGGAAGGGAUAGGCUGGGCCUUCAGGGAGUAAAGGGGUAUGAUAUUUUUUAAAUAUAAAUUGAAUCCUGCUAUUUAUGUGCUCCUUUUGGAGUCAGACAGAUGUGGACUGCAGUGUAAGAUUCCUCAUUUGCCAAUAAUAAUACCUCCUUGAAAAUUUGUUAUGAGCAUUAAAUAAUGUAAAUAAAGAAGCAACAUCAGGGGGCCUCCCUGGUGGCCUUGGCAGAGGUUAAAGACAGCACUAUCAAGCUAUCGCCAGCCACUGCCAGGGAGCUAUCGCCAGCCACCAGGGAGCUGACCCACAUGGCACAGCAGACCUCUCCUGUCUUGCCCACUGCUCCCCUCAGCAGUGUAUUUCAGUAAAUCUGCCUGUUCUGCUCCCCAACUCUCUCUGGUGAAUCCUCUCACCUCCCUUGCACCUCUGGCCUAUAUCCCAGUUCUUGUAUGCAUAAAUAAAUAAAUCUUUAAAAAAAAGAAGCAACAUCAUGCCUGGACUUGGCAAGUGCUCUGCAAAUGGUGGCUACUUUUAGUUAUUAUCACUUCCCCUACCUGAGGGUCCGCAAUGUGCCAGAAAGAGGCAGAGAUCUGCACCCUAACUCCCAGACUUGCUCCUUUGGUUAGAAGAACCUGAGGCCCAGAUCUUAAGGGACUGUCAGAGAAAAGACUGUCCCUGAUCUUUAGAGGCCCCCAGUCAUGUGAUAUAUAAGAACUACUGGGCUACAAACAUGGGUGACAGGAACACGAAGAUGCAAAAAUGAACGAAUGGGGCCUCCCCGGUGGCUCAGCGGUUGAGCACUGGGUUGCAAAGCUGCCCGCAGCCUCUGCAGUGCCGGUUCGAUCCCCGGCUGCUCCCUGGCCACCGGAGGAGGGUCCCACAUGGCGCGCAGACCUCUCCUGCCGCCCCCUGCUCCCCUCAGCAGUGUACUUUGGUCCUUCUGCCUGCUCUGCUCCCCGCUCUGGCUCUGGUGAAUUCUCUUACCCUCCUGCGCUUCUG